AUGCCCGGGCCUGAAAGUCCAACCACGCCUAUCACCGUCGCCGACUUCAAGGAGAUUGCUCGACAACGCCUUGAGAAACCAGUAUGGGACUACUAUAAUGCCGGAGCUGAUGACGAGAAUACAAUAAACCGCAACGAGGAGAUUUACAAAAAGGUUUUAUUGCGCCCUCAAGUUCUCAGAAAUGUCGCCAACGUGGAUACAGCCACAACAAUAUUCGGAAAGCGCUACGAUAUCCCAAUAGCCGUUGCUCCUACUGCAUAUCAGAAGCUGGUGAGCGCCGACGGCGAGAUAGACGUCGCUCGUGCGUGCCGUGCUCUCGGCACCAACUUCAUCCUCUCUACCAAUGCCACAACAACGAUGGAAGACGUUAUAGAAGCCCUACCAUCCCGCGGCGGUAAUCACCCCAGUCCCUGGUUUCAACUUUACUUCCUAGGCGAUCGAAACGUGACCGCAGCGUUGAUUAAACGCGCCGAAGCCGCGGGCUAUGAAGCCCUAGUCCUGACGGUGGACACGGCUGUUUUAGGCAACCGUCUGCCAAUGAGGAAGAAUCCCUUCAAGCUUCCACCUGGUCUGAGUAUGGAAAAUGUCAAGUCGAGGUCCGCGGGGGGCGUCAACAAAGCGCGGCUCCUUCUGGAGGCUAGAACAGCUGCGGAUGCGAAAAAGGUGGCCCGGGAGCAUUCUUCGGCCCUGGUCGAUGCGAGUCUAUCCUGGGAGGAGGUCAUCCCCUGGUUGCGGUCUCAAACCGAAAUGAAAAUCAUCCUUAAGGGUAUAAUGACCGCUGAAGAUGCCGUCCGAGCAGUGGAAGCUGGAGUCGACGCCAUAGUCGUUUCAAAUCACGGUGGAAGACAGCUGGAUGGUGUGCCAUCCACCUUGGAGAUGCUACCAGAAAUCUCCGAUGCAGUCAAAGGAGUCAUACCUAUUUUAUUCGAUGGCGGGAUCAGCAAAGGCAGCGAUGUGUUUAAAACCCUGGCACUCGGGGCGGAUUUGUGCCUUAUAGGUCGGUCGGCACUAUGGGGGUUAGCUUACGACGGGCAAGCCGGGUUGGAAAGUGUUUUUCAUAUCUUGGAAAGGGAACUUUGGCGCACUAUGGCUCUCAUGGGUGUGGAUUCUUUGGCAGGAAUAUCCAGGUCUAUGUUGGGACGGGCCAGAGAGAAUGGGUUUGGAGUGUCAAAGCUGUAG